AUGACAAAGGCUGUAAUGGUGAGGUGUUACCUGCUCUGUUUAUUAACUCUUGCACUCUGUUGUGCCUGUGGGUUAGUAUGGGCUGAUAGUCCUAAAGCUUCUGAUGCCCUUAUUAAACCUUCCACUGUUGGUGUUCCUUCUCUUGUUCGUCAUGCUAUUCCUGCGGAUGUCGAAUUGAUAGUGGAAGGGGAUGAGGAAGAGAAGGAGGAAGAGGAAGACUCUCCUCACAAAACUGAGGAAAGGGAGAAAGAGAAGUUGGGAAAAGAGAGAACACCUGAUUCUCCGAAUUCUAAAGGUGCUGGUGAUUUGGGUUCUCCUGGUGCCCUUCAACCCAAUGGUACUGACAGCUCACUUGGUGCGCAUGGACAUAAGCAGUUACAGGAAAAGAAUAAAGUUGAAUUGCAAGAAGGACAAACAGAUCAUCGUGCUGAUACACAAGGUGUGGCUGUAGAAGAGAUCUCGGAUCCAUUAAGAGCAAAAGAAAGCAGAGACACUUUAGUUUCUUCAGAUCUGAACAGAAAUGAAGUUUCUUCUGAACUUACGGAACCACCAGCUGCGAGUCCCCAUCCUCCUGUUGCUGCUCCUGCUCUUGAUACUCCACUACCUGUUCAUGAUGGUGAUAGAUCACGGGUGCCCAGUGGAGAUGGCCCAACACCAGCUAAAGAUGAAUCCAAUAAUGGGGAUGGUGGAUCUUCACAACCAGCGAAAUCACCAUCGCAACAGCAGGAAGUGAGAAAUAGUCAUGAUGCACAAAAUGGAGAGACCACAACAGCAACAGGACCAGCCGCUACUGACAGUCAGGAGACUUCUGUUACUCCAUCCCAGAAUACAGGUGACGCCUCCUCUAGCAGUUCAUCCACGGAUAAAACCGGUACUCGUCAGGAUGAGAGUGAAACUGCUGUUACAAAACCUGCAGAGGAUGACUCAAACAGUGAGAACUCCACUACCACCACCACCACAACAACAACAACACUUCCUCCUGAACUCACAAACAACAAGAAGGGUGAUGCAGACAACAGCAUCAGUAUCAGCAGUUCUGUAUGGGUGCGUGUGCCACUACUGAUUGUGGUUACACUGGCCUGUAUUCUUGUGUGCUGA